AUGAAGUACUCCAUCGUCCUUCCGUUCCUCGCUACCACCGUGCUUGCGGCCCCUGUCGAACAGCGUCAGGCCGCUUGCAACGUGCCAACCACGUUCCCAAGCACCUCCAACUCGAAGCUCCCAGAUCCAUUCAAGUUCUUCGACGGAAGGAAGGUUGAGACCAAGGCUGACUUCGAAUGCCGCAACAAGGAAGUCAACGCCGCUGUCCAGGCACAGGAACUCGGUAUACUCCCACCCAAGCCAGCGACCGUCACUGCAUCUGGUACUUCUUCACUUUCCAUUACCGCCAGUGAGGGAGGAAAGUCGGUUUCGUUCUCGGUCUCCAUCAAGAAGCCCAGCGGAUCUGGUCCUUUCCCCGCUAUCAUCGCCUACGGCGGUGCUAGUAUUCCCGUGCCCGCCGGUGUUGCUACCAUCACCUUCAACAACGACCAGAUCGGUGCCCAGCAGGGUGGCAACAGCCGUGGUCAAGGUAAAUUUUUCGAUCUCUACGGCUCCGGCCACAGCGCUGGUGCUUUGACAGCAUGGGCCUGGGGUGUCGAUCGUGUCAUUGAUGCGCUCGAGCUUGUUGAUACGGGCAUCAACCCCAAGAAGGUCGGUGUCACUGGAUGCUCCAGGAACGGGAAGGGUGCUUUCGUCGCCGCCGCCCUUGUGCCCCGUAUUGCUCUCGGUCUUCCCCAGGAGUCCGGUUCCGGUGGUGCUGCCUGCUGGCGUAUUUCCGACUCAGAGAAGGCUGCUGGCAAGAACAUCCAGACCUCUGGCCAGAUUAUUGGCGAGAACGUCUGGUUCUCCAAGAACUUCAACACCUUCGCCACUAAGUCCUCCACCACCGCCACCGAUCAUCACCAGCUUGCUGGUCUCGUGGCUCCUCGUGGUCUCCUCGUUAUUGAGAACGAGAUUGACUGGCUCGGUCCCGUCUCCACCACUGCUUGCAUGAAGGCUGGACGCUUGAUCUACAAGGCCCUCGGUGUUCCCGACAACAUGGGUUUCACUGGCUCUGGCAACCACAACCAUUGCUCAUUCCCAAGCAAUCAACAGGCCGAGCUUACUGCUUUCAUCAACAAGUUCUUGCUCGACAAGUCCGACAGCACUGCCAACAUCGAGAAGGGUCCCGCCGCCGAUGUCAGCAAGUACAUUGACUGGACUACCCCUACGCUCACAUAGAGCUGGCAAUAAGUGGACGGAAAGAAUUGCGGUGGUUGUUUUGGAGGGAUUGGAUUCGUUGUAUCUAUUCAUAUCGCUCACUUGGCAGAUAAGCCUCACAUUGAUGUACAAAAAGAAUGAUACUGGUCAUGAAAUUAUCGUGUGCUUUGACCGUGCUGUGAAAAUCUUCAUCACCUAUGUUCGGUGUUACUAAUAUGACUACGCUGUUACUGGAUGAGCCAGUGGCUCUACUCGCGUUGGAGAUCUUGCACACCACGUCCAUGGCGGUGUGCAUUGCACGGGCCAUCUGUGACUCUCUCUCUUGAUGUGAGUGCAUCAUCAAUGACACUUUAACGUGCUAUUUGGUGACAUUCGAAGACCUGAGAGAUGAUGAGUCUCACAUGGAAAUGUCCAUCAUAGUGUACGAGCGCGAAUUCAGGAUAAUUAUGUUCACGGACUGGCUGUAAGCGAACGCGGCUGGAUUGGGU